AUGGACAUCUUUGGCAUCCAAGGGGAUGCUGAUGAGUAUAGGGCUGACAGUAGUAAGUGGAUGUUUUUGAGGGGCCAAUUCUGUUCAGCACUUGCGAACCUCCCAACCCAACAGUCUCCCCCGCCCCCACCCUGCCGUGGAGGGACCCUGGCGAGUCACAUCCGGCAGGAGAGGGGGAAGGGUGCCAGGGGCGGAGCUCGGCCUGGAGGAGAAGACCCCGCCUCCUAUCCGCUACCCUCCCGGGCCGCUGGACCCCGCCGCGCUGCCCGUGAGACCCCCGGGCCCUUCCAGCCGGAGAUUCCGCAGGUGAUGGCAGGCGAGGGUUCGUGGGUUCUGGAGACGUCUGCGCGCCCGCCGUCCGGGCUGGCAAACGAGGGGGGCGCGUGCCUGGCCCCCGCGUCCUGCGCUCCAGGAGCGGGGCUCCGCGAGCCCUUCGGUCCCGCCGCGGGUCCCGGGGCCCCUCCGCCUGCCUCGGCCAGCGGGGCAGCGGCCUCCUCGGGGAGUGCUCUGAAUCCAGAGGGUGGCGGGGAGGCCCCAGAAACCCUUGGCGCGGAGGGAUGGGGGCGCGGGAAGGCCGAGGAAGUGACGACUGAGGAGGGCGCCAUCGCCAUGGAGGAUGCAACCGAGGCGGGGGAGAAGCUCGAAGUGGGCGCCGAGGCCCAGCAGGGCCCGGUGCCCCUAGACCUGCGUGGCCUCAUUGUGGACCCGCUGGAGGCCAUCCAGUGGGAGCUGGAGGCAGUGAGCGCCCAGGCCGACAGGGCCUACCUCCAGCUUGAGCGCAGGUUUGGCAGGAUGCGCCGUUUGCACCUAGCUCGGAGGAGCUUCAUCAUCCAGAACAUUCCGGGCUUUUGGGUCACUGCCUUCCUGAACCACCCGCAGCUGUCAGCCAUGAUCAGCCCCCGCGAUGAAGACAUGCUUAGCUACCUGAUGAAUUUGGAGGUGAGGGAGCUCAGGCACACCCGAACAGGUUGCAAGUUCAAGUUCCGAUUUUGGAGCAAUCCCUACUUCCGAAACAAGGUGAUAGUGAAGGAGUAUGAAUGUAGAUCCUCAGGCCGGGUAGUGUCCGUGGCCACCCGCAUCCGCUGGCAUCGAGGUCAGGAACCCCCAGCCCUGGUGCACAGAAACCGAGACACGGUCCGAAGCUUCUUCGGCUGGUUUUCACAGCACAACCUCCCGGAGACUGACAGGGUAGCACAGAUCAUUAAAGAUGACCUGUGGCCCAAUCCCCUGCAGUACUACUUGCUGGGGGAUAGGCCCUGCAGAGCCAGGGGAGGCCUAGCUAGGUGGCCACCAGAGGCCCCUCCCAGGCCCUACGGGUUCCAGUCCGGUUAACUCCUGCGGAGGUACAUGGCGCCUCCCUAGGGUUCCUGUGCCUCCUUGGGAACCUGUGUUUAGGCGGACAGUGGGUGCUGAGGUAAUGUUCCCCCCUGUGUAUUCUGGCUUCUUGGCAUGUGUGAUGGACUCCCUUCUAAGGUUGUGACCUUCAUGGCCAAUCUCUACCUUGUGUCCUGCAUGCUGUUGUCAACAUCAUAUGACUGUCACAUGCCACUACAUUUACACCAGGCACCCAGUGCCGUGGACUUGAACUACGAUCAGCUGCGUGGCCUGGGCCUACCUGUAAGCAUCGUUUUCCAACUCACUCUGGACCCCAUCGUGCAUGAGGCGUUACAAGAAGGACCAGUGGGCCUCUCUGAGUCCUAGUACUUCAGAGCUACAAAGUGCUGGCUCCAGCAGGCGGAGUUUCCUCAUUCAAGACGAGGCAGGUGCAAUUGUUGCUGGCAGCCUGUCAGGCCUGGACACCCCAUGGCCUCAUGACUAUGGAGUAGCUCCCACCGAAUGGAGUGUUGGGUAUCUGCAGCCUGGGCAUGGUGAGGCCUAAAAGCAUGAGGCAGUGGGCAGUGCAUUUUUCUUGCCCCAUGUGUGGCCCCUCACCGCCUGCUGUUGGCUGAUGAAGACCUAGACCACGCCCCAUCCACACCUAGCCACUGCCUUUCUGAUAAGUUUGCCCAGGCCACCACUGACCCUCUUGCUUGCUGCAAGGUCUACAAGAACCUGGGAAGUGCAUGUGGACCCAUGGCCCAUGCAAUGAGAGCUCCAGAUUUCCCAGAAAUGGCAGGAGACUGGCCUGUCUGGGAAUGUGCUCAAGGUAGGGGCAAGGAUGCGAGCCCUUCCUAGACCCACCGCAGCCAGACCCUUUGUCUGCACCUGUCUGUCCUUAGCUGCCAGGUUGUGGGUGCUGGAGGAGGCUUCAGGCUACAAGGCACAGAUAACGUCAUUUGUAAAGUGAAAACUCUGAAGCAAUAUAACUAAAGUAGUAAGGGUUUUUUUGUGUGUGUGUGUUUGUUUUCUUCAAAUAAGGAGACUCUUUGUUGAAAUCACCUGUCUCCAGAGAGGGAGAGCUUGUCACAUAAACUGCCAGGACUCAGUGCCCCCUCACCUUGCCCUCUCUAGCAAGGUCUAGAAUCUUCUAAGGGACAGACAGUGCAGGGCUCCUAGACAGAGAUCAAGAAGUCCCUGGUGGCAAGGAAAGUUAAUCAUUUCAUUUUACACUGUGUUCUUUUAAAGGAACUUUAGCCUCAAUUCUCUUGUCCUCUUCCAGCACCCUUCCCCCUUUGUGGGUUCCUGUAGAUAGAACUGAGCUGCCCUGCCCCCCUACAGGGCUCUUCAUCUCCCUCUUACAUGGAAGGCCUUAUCUUCUGCUCCCUAAGACUUGGACACACAAAGGGGGUGGACAACAAGCCGGAGUCCGGGGAAGGCCAGGAGUGGCUGAGAGCCUGUUGGUGGAGGGAGAGAGCCCUGAAUCUUAACUGGUUUUGAUUUACUAAUGUGUUUGUAACUUAGAAUAACUACACAGUUCUGUAUCUUUAGAGGGUAUUUUGUUUUGUUUUCUUCUCUUCUGGUCCAAAUAUGGCCUUGUGUACGUAGAAAGUUCAUGUCAUGUGCUUCUUGUUUUUCUGCUUUUGAGUAAGACCCUGUGCGGUCCCCUCUCAGAGCCCACUGGGAAGUUGAGCUGCCCAGGCCUGCUUGUUGCUUUGCUAAGAUUGCCAUUGUAAAUGUUCCUGUGCCACGUGGAAGCUUGUGAUUAUUCACAGUUGUUAUCGAUUUGUGACCUGAUGCUGUAACCUUAUCUUACAAGUAGAGUGUGAAAAAGGUGGCUUUGCAGGACUUACAGCUGGACGUUGCUACCAUGUUCUGGAAAGAUAAUCUCCAGCAGGAAACCUGGAACCAAUGGUCUUGAUGCUUCUAGUGGCCGUGUUGCAACUGACAUCUCUGCUUCUGAACAGAAAUAAUCUCGCGGUGGCUUUGUCCAGUCAGAAGAGGAUUUGGGGCACUUUUGUCUUGUGUGCUUGAUGGAACAAUAAAAACCUUUCAGUCUGGGAGAAAAGUAA